ACAAUUGAAACAACAUAUUCUCUGUAUUUUCACUUUCUAGCAAGUUUCUAGCAAUGGCAAGAACAAAGCAAACAGCGAGAAAAUCCACCGGAGGAAAGGCACCAAGGAAGCAAUUGGCCACCAAAGCUGCAAGGAAAUCAGCACCGGCUACCGGAGGAGUGAAGAAGCCUCACCGUUUCCGUCCAGGAACAGUGGCUCUUCGUGAGAUCCGUAAGUACCAGAAGAGCACAGAGCUUUUGAUCCGAAAGCUACCUUUUCAAAGACUGGUUAGAGAGAUUGCACAGGAUUUCAAGACGGAUUUGAGAUUCCAGAGCAGUGCUGUAGCUGCACUUCAGGAGGCGGCUGAGGCGUAUUUGGUGGGUCUCUUUGAGGAUACUAAUUUGUGUGCAAUUCAUGCUAAAAGAGUCACGAUUAUGCCUAAGGAUAUGCAAUUGGCUAGGCGUAUUAGGGGUGAAAGGGCUUAAAAUGUACUACUUAAUUCUGUUUUCUGUAGCUAGUUGGUUUAGUGUGUUUUUGCUUGAAAUGAAAAUGAAAAGUUUAUCUUAACUCUGAAAUUUGAUGCUGUUAAUGUG